ACCUGUCUAUUCUUUCCAAGACUUAAACUUUUGACUCCAAUAACCAUGGGUUACACCUUCUAUGACGGAACCAUCGCGGUGAUCCAAAGUAUCCUCAACUCUCUAUCCCACAUCCUCCGCCAAGCCGAGAAACACCCCGAUGCGACCUCGCUCCUCGAGGCCCGUUUGUAUGAGGACAUGUACCCCUUGACCGAUCAAAUCCGCCUCGCAACCCAAUUCUCGGAGAAUGUGGCUGCGAAACUGACCGGUCGGGACCCGGUGGAUUUCGAAGGCAAGCCCACCACCUAUGCCGAAUGCUAUGAGCGCAUUGAUACCGUGCUGGAAGUGCUCGGAAAGGCCGACAAGGACGUCGUCAAUCAGCAAUGUGACAUCGUUGGACCUUCUAAGGUUAGCCGAGAGAUGACGAUGGAGGUCAGUGGCGCUGUGUAUGCUCAUACCAUGGCCAUGCCGAAUAUCUACUUCCACUUGACGACCGCGUAUGACAUUCUGCGGAAGGAAGGCGUGCCUCUGGGGAAGCGCGACUAUUAUGCCGGUUUCUUUCCUCUGUCUUGAAUUUGUGCAUAAGUCGUGUCUUAUCACGAUUGCGAGACAGUCGGUAUGUCGGAGUGGGCUUGAAUCUCAUGAGAUUAGGCCAUUUCUGUACAGCUCAUUCGGGAGGGUCUCUUUUAUGGCAGUCUCACGUGCAUUGGCCGAGAACGCACCGGUGAGAGACACUGGGGAAAUGGAAACCCGAUUCAGAGCGAGAACCUGCUGCGAAACUUUCCUGUAUGCUCGUAUGCAUUUCUCAAUUGUAAUGCCUACCUAGUAGACUUGCUGCACAGGAAGAUUCUGUCGAAGCCAUCAGUAAUCAUGGUGCCCUGUAGUCUGUAAGCGCCCAACUGAAACCACGCCCCGCGUCCAGCCUCUACGUGCUAAUUGGACAGGUGAUGUUUAUGUAAAAUGCCUGUUGAAGAUGAAGAGUGGACUUGUAGGCUAGUACUC